UAAAUGACUUUGAGAGUGAGAUGGAAGCACAGAACAUAACUAAGCUAAACUGAACUAAAAUCUAAAACCACUGGAGAAGAAGACACAGCCGGUCUGCAGUAAUGGAGACAUUACCAGUGGAGAUUCUACCACCACCAUUAACAGAACUAAUCGCAUCACUAGAAAAAGCAACCUUAAUGGCAAAACAAUUACCAAACACAAUAGAACAAACACAAAUCUUCCAAAUUUAUUCGUCUCUUCAAAACACUCAAAAUCAACUCACUUCUUUCCUUUUCAAUUUCAAUUCUUCCCAUCCACAACAACCCCACCUCCUACAACAACCCCCGCAAUUAGAAAAUUCUGUAUCUUCAGCCAUUGGUGGCGGUGGUGGUGAUGAUGAAGUUGAACCGAUGCAAGUUGGAGAAGAUGAAGAAGAGGAUUCUGAAUUUAUUAUUGAUAAAGUUGAAGAACGGAUGAAGAAUUGUGUGAUUCACAGUAAUAAAAGACGGAAAAGGAAUUUAUCAUCUCCUUCAUCAAUUCAAGGGUUUGAUCAAAGAAUUUAUUAUAAUGAUACGAUUUGUAAUAGUAAUACUACUACUACUAAUAAUGGGGUUGUAUUAGUGCAAGGUUUUGAAGAUGAAUUUGAUCCACAAGCAACAAGGUUAAGAUCAUUGGAGUUGAUUUAUCAGUUUCAUGCCUGAGUAAUCCAAGCUGGAAUCUUCUAAUUUGGGGUCAAUUUCUUUAACCCUAAACCCUAAUUUUAUUUUGUUUCUUUGUGUUUAUGUGUCUGUUUUUUUUUUUUUUUUUUCCUUUAGCAAAUGUGUAUUAAUGAAAUAAUUGCUUUGUUGGUCUUA